AUGGGGAGGGUUCCAUGGGAAUCUUUCGCGCCCAUUACCGAGUCUCUCAUGAGCGGAGCACCCGGAACUAUGGCGUACUGGCUAUCUGAAGCGAUUACCGUGGAGAACCUGCCCCGCGCCUAUGAAAGACUCACAGAUGCUGUGAUUCGAUUGAGUGAGCCGCGGGUGCUGACUGCUUUCCUCCGCGCCUUGAUCGAGCCUCACAUUUUCUUCGACGCAUCAGCCCAGUUUCUUGAAGCAGCUAUUGCUUCCGCCAUCGAUUCGCCGCUCUCGCCCCUUGCACCCAUGGACAACUUGAUACGACCCUACCCGGUCCUUCCAGCUCCCCAGGUAAACGCAGAGCGCCAGCCCGCCCAGGUUGGCCAGGCCCCUUGCAGCGGCCGCUUGCUCCCCCUCACCAGCCGGAAGCGCACCCCGCACCUGCCGCCAGGCUUCGGGAUCCAAACGUAA